AGGCUGGGCAGAGUCUGAGUCCACCCGGGUCGUGCUCGCCCGGCUCGCCCGGCUCCUCCGCAGUCCAGGAAUUUCCCCGUGGCUCUCCUCCACCUGGAGAGGUGGACGCCCCUGGCCCCCGGCCCUCGGCCUGCGGAGGGGGCCAGCGGCUGCAGCCCUGCGCGGGGCCGGGGCGGGCCGAGCCAAGCCAAGGGCCGCCCCCGGCCGACCCUCCUCCUGCCGGUCCCGCCCUCCCCGCCGCGGCGCUGGAGGAGGGCGGGGCGGGGCCCUGGGGUCAGUCUGAGCCUCCGGCACCGGCCGCGCAGCUGGAGGCGGCGGAGCAGAAGCCUUGACUUCAUCUCAGCUCCAGGGCCCGCCCUCCCUUCCUGCAGCCUGGGAACUUCAGCCGGCUGGAGCCCCACCAUGGCUGCAAUCCGAAAGAAGCUGGUGAUCGUUGGGGAUGGUGCCUGUGGGAAGACCUGCCUCCUCAUCGUCUUCAGCAAGGAUCAGUUUCCGGAGGUCUACGUCCCUACUGUCUUUGAGAACUAUAUUGCGGACAUUGAGGUGGACGGCAAGCAGGUGGAGCUGGCUCUGUGGGACACAGCAGGGCAGGAAGACUAUGAUCGACUGCGGCCUCUCUCCUACCCGGACACUGAUGUCAUCCUCAUGUGCUUCUCCAUUGACAGCCCCGACAGCCUGGAAAACAUUCCUGAGAAGUGGACCCCAGAGGUGAAGCACUUCUGCCCCAACGUGCCCAUCAUCCUGGUGGGGAAUAAGAAGGACCUGAGGCAAGACGAGCACACCAGGAGAGAGCUGGCCAAGAUGAAGCAGGAGCCCGUUCGGUCUGAGGAAGGCCGGGACAUGGCGAACCGGAUCAGUGCCUUUGGCUACCUUGAGUGCUCAGCCAAGACCAAGGAGGGAGUGCGGGAGGUGUUUGAGAUGGCCACUCGGGCUGGCCUCCAGGUCCGCAAGAACAAGCGUCGGAGGGGCUGUCCCAUUCUCUGAGAUCCCCAAGGCCUUUCCUACAUGCCCCCUCCCUUCACAGGGGCACAGAAAUUAUCCCCCUACAACCCCAGCCUCCUGAGGGCUCCAUGCUGAAGGCUCCCAUUUUCAGUUCCCUCCUGCCCAGGACUGCAUUGUUUCCUAGCCCCGAGGUGGUGGUACGGGCCCUCCCUCCCAGUGCUCUGGGAGCCAGGCCUAUGCCCUGCCCUUCCUCAGGGCCCCUGGGGCUCUUGCCCCCUUUGACCUUCCCCAAAGGAUGGUCACACACCAGCACUUUAUACACUUCUGGCUCACAGGAAAGUGUCUGCGGUAGGGGACCCAGAGUCCCAGGCCCCUGGAGUUGUUUUCGGCAGGGGCCUUGUCUCUCACUGCAUUUGGUCGGGGGGCAUGAAUAAAGGCUACAGGCUCCAA